UCAGCUGGUCCGCAUCACAUGACCGUCAUAAGGUUUUUUUCUCACUGGAAUAGGCGACGUCGUGCAAGGCAAAGCGAAAAUUUUCACCACCAUUUUUCGUUUGUAGUUUCAGUUCACUUUUCGUAAGCGAAUCCAGCGCGAUGUUGUGGAAAUCGCUGAUUGCGUUGUGCGUCAUUGGGGCUGCCGUGGCGGAGCAAACGCCCGUCUUUCUGUGGGGAGCCAACAGUGUGGCGAAGCCCUCCCUGAAGACGGUGUCCCAGGCGGAGUUCGCCGAGCAGUUGGCAGAGUUGCUGGAAGAUCACAUGGUCGUGGCCUUCGAGGAAAAUGGCCUGAGCAACAAGGAUUUCCUGUGCUCCAACUCCCAGGCGCAGUCCUGCUACGCCCAGCUGCAAGGAGUGAGCCCGAAGACCUACUACACCAGCGUGGAGAACCCCUCGGAGGCGCUGCGCUCGGUGGCCGCCAAGCGGGAGCACAACUCCAUUGAUGCCAGCGGGAGGCUGACCACCCCGGCCAAGUGUGCCGUGGGCACGGCGCUCUUUGUGACCUUCGAGGAUGCCGCCAAGAGCCGGGAGGACAGUCUAGAGUCACAUGACGCCGCCAUUGCCGCUAUCAGCAAGCAGUUCGAGUGCAAGGUGGCUUAUCUGUACCUGGCUGCCCCCUCCACCGCUCCCGUGGUGCAGCGUCGUACCCGUCGUGACACAGCCGCCACCACCGGCGGCACCAUGUGGAAAUCGACCAAUCAGUUUCAGAUCUUCUACACUGCCCUGCAAUUCAAUGGCAAUCCCAUCACAGUCACAGACCUCAAGCUCUCCAACACCAGCUCUACCAAGUUAUCCAUUGUUAUGGACACGUCUGAAGCCGGCAAGAGUAUCUCCUUUGACAUUGUUUAUGAUGGUGGAUACUUUAGUCUGAGCAAUUUGGUCUACGACCAAAUCAAGUUCCGCUCCAGCGGCGUGAAUGCCCCAACCACGUUCUCCUAUUCGUGCGGCAAUCUCACCCUCGAUUCCGCGGCCGAGAAAAACAUGUACAACACCCUGAGCUUCAAGUCCUUGCAGCUGCAGGCUCCCUUCGAUGGUUCGUACAAGGAGAACUUCCCCUUCGGCGACUCCUGGGACUGCGUGGGCUUCGUGACGCCCGGAAUCCUGAUGGGACUGUUUGUGGUCGCCCUGCUGCUGGUCAUCAUGUUCGUCGGCGUCUGCUGGAUGAUGGACAUCAACACGAUGGACCGCUUUGACGAUCCUAAGGGCAAGACUAUCACCAUCAAUGCCGCCGCCGACUAAACCGCCCACUUCAUCGGCUUACACCUUAUUCGAUUGUUCAAUGCGCACUCAAUAUUCAUUCCUUUAUUCCUUCAGUCUAUCCACAUGUAUAUGUAAACGAAUCAAUACUUAAUACCGUACUCACAUAACACAUAACCGGGAAAUUAGUCCUCACAAUUUGUAUCGUAUCCGUAAUUUUCGCCGGCAAAGAUCAGCUUACGUUCAGCAUCACAGCGUUGCUGAUUCUUGUCGCCGAAAAUUGCCCGAGGUUUUGCUUGCAGCGACUUGGCAUCCAGUAUUUCAUUUAGAAUAGCCCCUAAAUGUCGUUUACCGAAGGAACUUUAAAAGACGCACAUGUGUGUGUUCGAGUGUGUGUGUGUGUGUGUACACGAGCAGUAAAUCUAAUCUGAAGUAUAUCUAAGUGUUUUAUAGUUUGCGAGACUAAUUUAUGCCUCUGUAUGAUAGUUUGUCAUUUGUGCAAAACCCCUUCGCAGGCAAAUGAAAAUAAAGUUUUUUUUCCAAUUGUGUUACAAAUUAAAGGUUUUUACUUGCGAGAAGUCAAUGGUCGUAUGCCCUACAGAUAAAUAUUUUCAAUGUUCGAAAUAAUGGAAAUGACUAUAGCGAUAAUAAAUAAUGU